AGGAGCACUAUCGCCUUUCAUGCUCGCAAAAUUGUAACAAAUUUUUUUUUCUCCCGGCCGAUGUUCGCGUGCGGAGGUUUUGUUCUAUUUCAUUCAUUUAGACUCGAUUAGAAUUACUCAGAAUCGGUUGCAUUAAAUUCGAAUCCAGGGUUCAUCAGCGCUAUUGCACUCGAUCGUUUGGGAGUCGACUCAUCCUUUUAUGCCUGAUCUAUUCAGAGUCAGAGUGGGUGUUGCCACAGGACAGUAUGAUCGAGAGACCCGACUCAGCUGUUUCUAGCGUUGCACAGAGGAAUCUGGAGGGAUAUGUUGGAUUCGCCAACCUUCCCAACCAGGUGUAUAGGAAGUCCGUGAAGAGGGGGUUCGAGUUUACGCUCAUGGUUGUCGGUGAGUCUGGACUGGGAAAAUCCACACUCAUCAAUUCCCUCUUUCUGACUGACCUGUACUCCAAUGACUACCCUGGCCCAUCUCAGAGGAUCAAGAAGACUGUUCAGGUGGAACAGUCCAAAGUGCUGAUAAAGGAGGGGGGUGUUCAGCUCACGCUCACCAUCGUAGACACACCAGGCUUUGGAGAUGCGGUGGAUAACAGCAACUGUUGGCAGCCUGUCAUCAACUACAUCGACAGUAAAUUUGAAGACUUCCUGAACGCAGAAUCCCGCGUAAACCGGAGGCAAAUGCCAGACAACAGAGUGCACUGCUGCUUGUACUUCAUUGCCCCUUCUGGCCAUGGACUGAAACCUCUGGAUAUCGAGUUCAUGAAGCGUCUGCACGACAAAGUCAAUGUCAUCCCCCUCAUCGCCAAGGCUGACACACUCACACCAGAGGAGUGCCAACUUUUCAAGAAACAGAUUAUGAAGGAGAUCCAGGAGCACAAAAUCAAGAUCUAUGAGUUUCCGGACACAGAAGACGAUGAGGACAGCAAACUCAUACGUAAAAUAAAGGAGAAAAUGCCUCUGGCCGUGGUCGGUAGCAACGUUGUGAUCGAAGUUAACGGGAGGAAAGUCAGAGGGCGCCAGUACCCUUGGGGCGUGGCAGAAGUGGAGAACGGUGAGCACUGUGACUUCACAGUCCUGAGAAAUAUGCUCAUCAGGACACACAUGCAGGAUCUAAAGGACGUGACUAAUAACGUUCACUAUGAAAACUACCGCAGCAAGAAACUUGCAGCCGUCACCUGCAAUGGGGUUGAUGCCACCAAGAACAAGGGCCAGCUGACAAAGAGUCCACUGGCUCAGAUGGAGGAGGAGAGGAGGGAGCAUGUGAUGAAGAUGAAGAAGAUGGAGACAGAGAUGGAGCAGGUCUUUGAGAUGAAGGUCAAAGAGAAGAAGCAAAAACUGAAGGACUCUGAGGCAGAGUUGGAACGACGUCACGAACAGAUGAAGAAGAAUCUAGAAGCCCAGUAUAAAGAGCUGGAGGAGAAGAGACGCCAGUUUGAGGACGAAAAAGUCAACUGGGAGACCCAUCAACGCAUCCUGGAGCAACAGAAACUGGAUGCAUCAAAGACAAUGGAAAAGAACAAGAAAAAAGGAAAAAUCUUUUAAAGAAGCCAAAACACUCCAUUCUUUUAUUAAUACUAGAAACGUUUCGCAUCGGAGGUGCUCACGUGUUCUAUGACCCCACGAGAAACAAAUGAACACACGUUAUGUCACACGUUUAACUACGCUUUAGACAUUCUAUUGCAACAUUCCAUACACAUAAAGCUUGCAUAAAGCAUUUUUGUACACUCCAUUAGUUUCCACUAAUCACACAAAACUCUAGUGGCCUCUUCUGGUUGACUGUAGUAUUACACCCCAUGUCCAAAAACCAUUGUAAUACAGAGCGCAUCUUCUGAAGUUGUUGAUUAGGAGGAGGGUAUUUACAAAGUUUCCUCUGAAGCUUUAGCUUGGUUCAUUCCAAGCAAGCCUGACAGAAUGAGUUCAUUUUGAGGUUUGCUGUUUUCACACAUCCGCUAAUAUGUGUGCAGAGUUUUUAGAAGGUCUUAUGUUAGGUUUGUAUAAGUGAGAGAAUGACUGAUGGAGGCAAGUGAAAAAAGAGACACGCUGAGUUGAAUGUAUGGAUGAUUCAUGUUUUUUUGUAAGCAGUUUGCAUGAGAAGGAUUCUAGAAGGUUCAGUGUGUGUGUGCCAUGAUGUUGUGUGUCUUUUGGGGGUCAUAGACAUUGAAGAUCUGUUUUAACAUAUUAUUGCACAGCUAAAUGAUGACAAUAAUAUUUUUUUAAACCCAUUUGCUGGCUGUGUGCAUAGAGAGUAACUUGUAUCCCUACCAUAGGUGGUGUUAUACAAAAUGGCAUGGGUGUCAACAUUAACAACAAUGGUCAUUUUUUAAAUGGAUGGUUAUAAAGUAAUUACAAUAAUAUUGUAGGAUGUUCUUACACAAGUUGCUGGAACAUUCUGCCUUAAAAAUUGCAGCCUGUUUCGGCAAUUCUGUCUGCUCGUGUUUUUUGUUAUAUAAAUAUUUUUUAAUUGCUGUUUGUUUUUUUUUUAUUGUGAAAAGAUUGUUGAAUAUUUCCAUUUCCAAGCUGAUCUGAGACCAGUUUGGGUUUGUUUCAUAUAAGAGUUGGGACUUGGGCUUCUGCCAGUAUGGCUGGUUCUAGAUCAGGGCAUAUUUUAAAAGAAUGGUUCACCCAAAAUAAAAUGUUGUCAUUGUUUACAGACUCUUAUGUUGUUCCAAACCUGUUUUUCUUGAUGAUGCUUUGUAGAAUGACAGCCUCAGUCACCAUUCACUUCCAUUGCAUACUUCUACCACACAAUGAAAGUUAUCAGGUUUACAACAACAUGAGGGUGAGUAAAUGAUGACAGAAGUGUAAUAUUUGAGGGAAGAUAUUAUUUUAGAGAUUUACAUUUUUUCCACAUCUACCCAAACAACAAGACACAGUCUGCUGCCUGACCUUGGACCCUUUAUAAUAAACUCACUCUAUAUUCCAUAUAUGCACAUGUGAAUCUAAGCCUCUUUGUUUCUGUAAGAUAGUUAGAUUGAUAGCAUGCAGGUUCUGGGUCUGUUACAUGCCAAACAGUGCAGGUAAGUUUGCGAUUUAUUGCACCAAGUAAGCGUUGCAUUUACGCUAGCAUGUAUCUACUAGCAACGGACCAGCACACAACUCCCUACCUACCCAAUGCAAAGGGCAACCAAGAGUACGUCUAUGCCUCAUACGUGUUGUGUACACCCCUAUAUAUUUUGCAAGUUUGUCAUUAUGCAAGUUAAAACACUCUGGAUUGCAAAGCCACUCAGAUGCUCUGAACUCUGUGUUGUUUAAGAUUUUAAGUUGAACAGUAUUCUAAGGAGGGAAAAACGUUCCUCAACUUUUCUUUAACCACACUACACCUCUUUUUAAUAUUAGAUUAAACGUGACUUUAGACAUGUUUUUCUUAUUAUUAUUUGUAUGUGCAUACGGUUUAAUUUUUUUUAUUGUUUUUCUUCAUGGUAUUGAUGUCUGUUAUUCUUUUAGCCCAGCUGUACAUUAUUAAACAUGAGAUGUUAUGCUUAA